UUCUCGGAGAGGAUGCCCGGAGCGGCUGCAGGGACGGCGGCUACAGGAGCAGGCUCGUCAGGAGCGGUAGCAGCGGGGAUGCUCCCAGCUCAGGAGGCAGCCAAGAUCUACCACACCAACUACGUGCGGAACUCGCGGGCCAUCGGCGUGCUCUGGGCCAUCUUCACCAUCUGCUUUGCCAUCGUCAACGUGGUGUGCUUCAUCCAGCCGUACUGGAUCGGGGACGGCGUGGAUACCCCGCAGGCGGGCUACUUCGGGCUCUUCCACUACUGCAUCGGCAACGGCUUCAGCCGGGAACUCACCUGCCGGGGCAGCUUCACGGACUUCUCCAGCCUGCCCUCGGGAGCCUUCAAAGCCGCGUCCUUCUUCAUCGGGCUCUCGAUGAUGCUCAUCAUCGCCUGCAUCGUCUGCUUCAUCCUCUUCUUCUUCUGCAACACAGCCACCGUCUACAAGAUCUGUGCCUGGAUGCAGCUGACCUCGGCUGCCUGUCUCGUCCUGGGUUGUAUGAUUUUUCCUGAUGGCUGGGAUUCAGAUGAGGUAAAACGGAUGUGUGGUGAAAAGACAGACAAGUACACGCUGGGGGCUUGUUCAGUCCGCUGGGCAUAUAUCCUGGCAAUUAUUGGAAUCUUGGAUGCCCUGAUCCUCUCAUUUCUGGCAUUUGUGCUUGGAAACAGACAAGACAGCUUGCUAGCAGAGGAGCUCAAGUUGGAAAACAAAGAUGAUGGAAAUGCUUAAAGCAAGUGCAGGUAGUAUGACCCAGACUAACUCCUACUAAGCCAAUCCUCACUAGAAUGAGCACAAAACAAAUGAAUAACAGCUUUUGUACAUCAACAUUAAAAUGGGAAGAAGCUUGGGAAAGGGCCUCCAACAGAGAAGAAUGCUGACAAGUGCAAAAAUGCCUGAUGGAUAAGCACCACCUUCUAAACAUAGAUCAGCCAGACAUGGAAGUGAUUUCAGAAGAGAAAUGCAAUCAUGGAUUACACACCAGCUCAUUAGAAACUGUUGCUGAAUUCAGCAUCCAGAAGACAUGCAUGAAAAGUCACAUUUGGGGAAUAAAUUAAAAGGGGUGUAGUUGUUGCUAGAUAAACAUAUGUAAUAUAUAUGCAUUGAA